AUAUACAAGAGCGGCCGUCGGCGCCCACAGACCGACCGCCACCAAGAACUCGAAGCGGCCUUCCAAUUGCGUGGAUCCCGCCCUCUCCUGCCGAUCUCUCGAGCUCCCCGCUCGCCCAUCCCGUGGCGGCGCGCAAUGGGGGCCGCCGCCGAGGACGCCGUCCAGCAGCUCGGCCGCCUAAUGGAUCAAGUGGAGGCGCCGCUGAUGAGGUCUUUCCAGAAUGUGCACCAGGGCCAUCCUAGAGAAACAAUGUUGCGCUUCCUUAAGGCUAGAGAAUGGAACGUUUCUAAGGCUCAUAAAAUGCUUGUAGAAUCUUUGAAUUGGAGGAUUCAAAAUGAAAUAGAUAGUGUAUUGGAGAGACCAAUAUUACCAGUAGAUUUAUACAGAUCGAUACGUGGUUCACAACUUGUUGGACUCUCAGGAUACACCAAGGAGGGUCUUCCAGUUUUUGGCAUUGGUGUCGGUCAGAGCACGUAUGACAAAGCUUCGGUUCACUACUAUGUACAAUCUCAUAUUCAGAUUAAUGAAUACCGUGAUCGCAUAAUUUUGCCUAUGUUGACAAAGAAGUUUGGGCGCCCUAUCACCACCUGUAUUAAAAUUCUCGACAUGACUGGUUUAAAGUUGUCAGCAAUGAGCCAAAUGAAGAUGCUGAGCUCAAUAUCAACUGUUGAUGACCUGAACUACCCUGAAAAGUCGGAGACAUAUUACAUAGUUAAUGUUCCAUAUAUAUUCUCUGCAUGUUGGAAGGUUGUGAAGCCCCUAUUGCAGGAGAGGACAAAAAAGAAGGUUAAAGUUUUGAGUGGUUGUGGGAGAGAUGAACUUCUGCAGAUUAUGGACUAUUCAUCUCUACCCCAUUUCUGCCGACGGGAGGGAUCUGGAUCCUCUAAGCAUUUACCCGCCGAUGUGGAUGAUUGCUUCUCCCCUGACCAUCCUUUCCACAAAGAGCUCUAUGGCCACACCACCGAGCAAUCUUCACACAAGGAGCUCCUGAAGAUGGGAUCGUUGCAUGUGAGCAUCCCCGAGCCCGACCCAGACGACGCGAAGAUCGUGGAGGUCAUUGAGGCCGAGUUCCACAAGAUGGGCGGGCAGAACGGGUCCACCAACGGCCACAAGGUCUAGUGCGCACCAUCGAAGAUGAAAUUGCGGAUUGUGGUUCUCCAUGAAGGCUGAAAUUGGUCGGCCAUCCCCCAAUUGAAUGGGGGAAUAUAGUAGCAAAGUUCCAUGAUGGAAACAGAGGCAGUGCUGCAAAAAAAGCUUAGCAUCAUAGUUGGGAGAGAUGAACCGGACAGUGUACAUUAGCAUAGAACCGACAUAUGUUACAACUAAUAAAACCGUGACAACUGAGAUCCAUGGAUGUUAUUAUGAGAUAAUACUGUUAUAUAAGUGCUUCAGCAAA